UCGAGCCCCAAACACACCAGCCGGAGGAGGCGCCGCACCUACUUCCCAAUAUAACCAACUACAGAGAGGGGGAGUGUAACUGCGAGAAGGCAGCAGCCAAAGUGCCAUUAAAGCUCGGGGCGGAAAGGAUGCGUUACCUGGGCUGAAAAGGACCCAAGGAACUGCUCUAUCUGAACUGUGCCGACGGGCAGGAGGAUGGGAGACAGGAACUGAGAGUCACAGAGGAAGGACAGGGGAGUCUGGCAUCUCAUUGGUGUUCUUAAAGGACUGACAUUUAAUGCAAUUCAAGAUCUACAAAGCAUUGUUUCUGCAUGACCCCUAUAGAAGGAUUACUUUACAGAAACGAAUUCCUUGUUCAACAGCAUAAUUUGGACCCCGUUUCAGAAAGCAGGGUAAUCUUUAAUGAAGAAAUAUCAGCACUGAUAGACACGCUGGGACACACAAGAUUCCAGUGAGCCAGGAUGGCUUCCUCUUGGACAUUAAUUCUGUUUCUGUCAGUCACCGGGUGUCUUUCAGAGUAUUCUGAAGCUCCUCCUGGUCUCCCUACUUCACAUACUACUUUGCUAAGAAUAAAGAAGAGCUCCUCCUCCUCUCUCUUUGGUUCCAAGGCCAGACAGCGAUAUAGCAGCCCUUCCUUAGGAACACUGAGUGUCUCUUCACCCAACUGGCGAGGGGCAGCUCAACACUAUUAUUCUCCCAUCAGUCUUUAUCAUUCCUCAGAUGCCUUUAAACAAGAUGAAAGUGUGGACUAUGGACCAGUGUUUGUACAAGAACCAGAUGACAUCAUUUUUCCUACUGAUUCUGAUGAGAAGAAGGUAGCAUUGAAUUGUGAAGUUCGCAGCAACCCAGUUCCCAGUUACAGAUGGCUUCGAAAUGGAACAGAAAUAGAUUUGGAAAGUGAUUAUCGAUACAGUUUGAUAGAUGGCACCUUCAUCAUAAAUAAUCCAAAUGAAGCAAAGGACUCCGGUCAUUAUCAAUGUUUAGCAACCAACACCUUUGGAAGUAUUCUGAGUAGAGAAGCCACACUUCAGUUUGCCUAUCUGGGAAAUUUUAGUGGCCGGACAAGAAGUGCAGUCUCUGUGAGGGAAGGCCAGGGGGUUGUUCUGAUGUGCUCUCCUCCGCCUCAUUCACCAGAGAUCAUCUAUAGCUGGGUGUUUAAUGAGUUCCCUUCUUUUGUGGCGGAAGACAGCCGGCGGUUCAUUUCCCAGGAGACGGGCAACCUUUAUAUUUCUAAAGUGCAAACAUCAGACGUGGGCAGCUAUAUUUGUCUGGUGAAAAACACAGUGACGAAUGCUCGAGUACUUAGUCCUCCAACACCACUCACUCUGCGAAAUGAUGGUGUGAUGGGAGAAUAUGAGCCGAAAAUUGAGGUGCAUUUUCCUUUCACGGUUACAGCUGCUAGGGGAACAACUGUUAAAAUGGAGUGCUUUGCACUUGGCAACCCUGUUCCAACAAUCACAUGGAUGAAGGUUAAUGGUUAUAUUCCUAGUAAGUCACGUCUGCGGAAAUCUCAGGCAGUGCUGGAAAUACCGAAUGUGCAGCUGGAUGACGCUGGCAUAUAUGAGUGCAGAGCUGAAAACUCUCGUGGAAAAAAUUCUUUUCGUGGACAAUUACAAAUAUACACCUUCCCACACUGGUUAGAAAAAUUGAACGACACUCAAUUAGACAGUGGGAGCCCUCUCCGAUGGGAAUGUAAGGCUACUGGAAAGCCCAGGCCCACUUAUCGGUGGCUGAAGAAUGGAGUACCACUCUUGCCUCAGAGUAGGGUUGACAUGGUUAAUGGAGUAUUGAUGAUACACAAUGUGAAUCAAUCGGAUGCUGGGAUGUAUCAAUGUUUGGCUGAAAAUAAGUAUGGAGCCAUUUAUGCUAGUGCUGAGCUGAAGAUUCUAGCUUCAGCUCCCAACUUUGCACUGAAUCAACUGAAGAAAACAAUAAUUGUCACCAAAGACCGAGAAGUCAUCAUAGAAUGCAAACCCGAAGGCUCUCCAAAGCCCACAGUCUCUUGGAAGAAGGGAGAUAAAGCAGUAAGAGAGAACAAAAGAAUAGCUAUUCUUCCAGACGGGAGCCUUCGGAUACUAAAUGCUUCUAAGUCAGAUGAAGGGAAGUACGUUUGCCGAGGGGAAAACAUCUUUGGUUCUGCUGAAAUAAUAGCAUCUGUAUCUGUAAAAGAACCUACAAGGAUAGAACUUACUCCUAAAAGAACAGAGUUAACUGUUGGAGAAAGCAUAGUCCUUAACUGCAAAGCAAUUCAUGAUGCUAGUUUGGAUGUCACUUUCUACUGGACGCUAAAAGGACAGCCUAUUGAUUUUGAAAAAGAAGGUGGACAUUUUGAAAGCAUCAGGGCCCAAGCAUCCUCUGCAGAUUUAAUGAUCAGGAACAUCCUUCUGAUGCAUGCUGGGAGAUAUGGCUGCAGGGUACAGACCACAGCAGACAGUGUGUCAGAUGAGGCAGAACUUCUUGUUAGGGGUCCCCCAGGUCCACCUGGGAUAGUAAUUGUGGAGGAAAUCACCGACAGCACAGCCACACUCUCCUGGAGUCCAGCAGCUGACAACCACAGCCCAAUCUCCUCCUACAACCUGCAGGCUCGCAGCCCCUUCUCCUUGGGCUGGCAAACCGUAAAAACAGUCCCAGAAAUCAUAACAGGAGAUAUGGAGUCAGCCAUGGCAGUAGACUUAAAUCCAUGGGUGGAAUAUGAGUUUCGAGUGGUAGCGACCAAUCCAAUUGGGACUGGAGAUCCAAGCACCCCAUCUCGGAUGAUCCGUACAAAUGAGGCAGUUCCAAAGACAGCACCCACCAAUGUCAGUGGAAGAAGUGGAAGAAGGCAUGAGCUGGUCAUCGCCUGGGAGCCAGUAUCUGAAGAGUUUCAGAAUGGGGAAGGCUUUGGCUAUAUUGUGGCUUUUAGACCCAAUGGAACACGUGGCUGGAAGGAAAAAAUGGUGACAUCCUCUGAAGCUUCAAAAUUCAUUUAUCGAGAUGAAAGUGUCCCUCCCCUUACACCCUUUGAAGUAAAGGUUGGUGUUUAUAACAACAAAGGAGAUGGACCUUUCAGUCAAAUCGUGGUCAUCUGUUCAGCUGAAGGAGAACCCAGUGCUGCUCCCACCGAUGUCAAGGCUACCAGUGUGUCUGUGUCAGAGAUUCUUGUUGCAUGGAAACAUAUUAAAGAGAGUCUAGGAAGACCACAGGGAUUUGAGGUCGGUUACUGGAAAGACAUGGAACAAGAAGAUGCAGCAGAAACAGUCAAAACUAGGGGGAAUGAGUCAUUCAUCAUUCUGACGGGAUUAGAAGGAAAUACAUUAUAUCACUUCACAGUGCGGGCUUACAAUGGAGCUGGAUACGGGCCACCUAGCAGUGAAGUGAGUGCAACCACCAAGAAAUCCCCCCCCAGUCAAGCACCUAGCAACCUCCGGUGGGAGCAGCAAGGUUCUCAGGUGUCUCUGGGCUGGGAGCCCGUCAGACCUUUAGCCAACGAAUCAGAAGUCAUAGGUUACAAGGUUUUUUAUAGGCAAGAGGGUCAUAGCAACAGUCAAGUCAUUGAAACGCAGAAACCUCAAGCAGUAGUACCACUCCCUGAUGCUGGAGUCUAUAUUAUUGAAGUCCGAGCAUACAGUGAAGGAGGGGAUGGAACAGCUAGCUCCCAAAUCAGGGUACCAUCAUAUUCAGGUGGGAAAAUCACAAGCGCUCAGUCAACCCUGCACACUAUCUCCACAUCAUCAUCAGUAACGUUGCUCUUGGCAUUGAUGAUUCCUUCAACUUCCUGGUGAAAGCUGCUGACUUAAUUGAUUUUCUUUGCUUUAGCUUGAGAACAGCAGUGAAUAGAGUGUAGUUAAGUGGACACCAGGAUCCUGAGAUAAGCUUUAAAAACUUGGGACUACACAUGGUGCACUUACAGAAGGUCGGGAGGAAAAUAUUACUUAUCCAUCAGGUUUCUCUUUGGUUUUUGUAAAUGAAAAGGACAGUUCUUGGUCCAAUAAAAAUAUGCAGAUUGUAUGUAAUGAAUUUUUGUAAGCAAAGGUAAUUUCUGUCGAAUGUAUUCUGAAUUUUUUUAAUAUGUUGGAAUUUGAUUUUAUAUCUGAUGACUCUGAGUAUGUGCCAUCCAUUUGUUAAGUGGUCACUAGCAGGUUUGUUUUAAAAACAUACAAAACUGAGAAGGAAAAGUUUAUUUAGACUCUGCGUCGUGUUUUAUAUUUUCCUUUCAGCUGACUAUUCCAAUUGCCAAACCAGCAGGAGAUUUGAAAUACUUCAGUUAUGUGGCCCAUUAUAAGAUAUUCAAAAAUUUUCUCAAAAAUUGUAUGAUUGCAUAGUGAAAUAGCAAGAUUUGUCAAUAUGCUAAUUCUAUAUGCACCCCUAGAACCAGAUAUUAGAGUAGGGAAUAAGCCAUUAAUAAAAGUACAAGGUAAAUAAAAAGUAAGUCCGAAUGAAUUUAUUGUUUUCCAUCAAGCACUAUGUUAUCAAACGGCAAAUAUUGUAAAUGUUUAUUUUUAUUAAUAAAAUAGUUAAAGUCACAAAGUAUAUAAUGACUAAAAACUGCAGACAAUUGUAUGAUGCCACAGGUGCUAACAAAAUUAUAACAAAUAUGACCUACUGUCAAAGCAAAUUUUGAAUUAAGUCCAAUGCUUGCUUCUAAUUGCAAAUAAUUUUAAGGACAAUGAAAGUUUGUUGUGGAAAUAAUUAUUCAGGCAUAGAGUCUGUGGAUUAAAAUGAUUCAAGCAUAGCAAAUAAAUAUUUUUAGACAGUUCCAUGCCACUUAUAAAAUCUUACCAACUACUAAUAUAAAGAAGAUCUAUUGAAUAAGUUGAUUUUUAAAAAAUUAAUCUGUGGGAACAUGGCAUCAGUAUAGGGACUCUGCUCCUCUCUCCAGCCAUAUACUGCUUGAUGUUGUUGCUUGGGAGGCGAUUACAAUUUGUUAUUUUGAGAAUUCAACUUGAACCUAAGUGAUCCUAGAUAGUUAUUGGAAAACUAGGUGAAAUUUUUCUACUUCAUGAAUCAUGAAGAAGUUCUAGAAAAUAUGAGGAUGUGCCAGAAUUAGCAUUACAUUCAUGAAGGUACCUGAAAAGAUUCAUUGCAACCUCAUUUUCCAAAAAAGAACUUAGAGAAGCUAGUCUUAUGGGUGGUAUAAUAUGAGGACAAAAGGCAGUUUACCUUUGUUUUCCUUUAUGUAAACCUAUCAACUCUAUUUGCAUCUUCAACAAAUAAACAUAACAAUAUUGAGUUUAAAUUGCUGGUUAACCACUGAAAUAUCAGAGGAACGAUUAGGGAUUCUGUCCUGAAUAACCUAAAAAUUAGUUUUAGAGGAACAGCAUAACUAUAUAUUUCAAAUACUCAUUAUGUUUAGAGAUUAUGUUCACGACACUCCUAAACAAACAAGAAGUAAUUUAAAAUACUAUUUAUGUCAACAGAUUAUUAUAGUAAAUACUGCAAAUGGUGAAUACUUAAACUUUUGAAUAACAACAAUAAGUGGCCUUUCUUUAAUGCCUCCUUUGCAGUGGGAAAGUCUCAGCUUUGCAAAUAGAAGGAUGCUAACUCUGACUGGCAAAAUGUGAGCUCUCCCAAGUACAAUGUAAUUUAUGAGAAUUAAUUGUGCAGCUGAAAAAAAUGAAGGAUAUUUUUAGAUUGGAAAUAAUUUUUAAAAUAUUUGAUAAAUCAAAGCAUUUUCUUCAUUUUUCAUAAUAUUCUAUAAUAGAUUCAGUGAAGGACUUCAAGAAUCAAGUUUUAACUAAAAACUUAUAAAGCAAAGCCCAGUAAAAUAUGUUGAUAUAUUACUAAAAUUAACCAAAAUCUCCAGGUACAAUGAUACAAUCCUGACAUCCCAGUGAUCUGGGAGGCUGAGGCAGGAGGAUGGUAAGUUCGAGGCCAGUUUCAGCAAUUUAGUGAGACCCUAAGCAACUUAGGGAGACCCUGUCUCAAAAUUUAAAAAUAAAGGCUGGGGAUGUAGAUCAGUAGCAAAGCACUCCCGAGUUCAAUCUCCAGUACCAAAAUAAAAUCAAUCAAUAUUUCCAAAUAGCUGAUGGAUGGUACAUAUCUGCCAGAAUAUUUACAUAUAGAAUGUCAGUGUUGUAUUCUUACAGGAAUCGGAUAUGGGAUGUUUUUACUCAACAUGCACAAAAUAUGUAUUUUGCCUCAUAAACCUAUUUAGAAAACAGGAUUUCAAUGUUUAUGUAUUACAUAUUUGUUACUUUGUAGAAUGCAGACAGCAUUCCUUAUCAAGGUACAUUAUUUUUCAGCUACAGUACUAAGUAAGCUUUUUCCUGGAGGGUAUAGUAAACACACAGUCUUAAAUCACUAAAGAGACUGUAUUUUUGUAUAAUGUCAAUUGAACUAUGAAGAAAACAACACUCCCCAUAAUUAAAAUUUCAUGAAAGCAAAUGUUUUACAUACCCAACUAAAGGUACUGUGGACUCCAUGUCAAACCGUUAAAUAUACUGUAUACAAUCUGUAUAUAUACUAUAUAUAAUGGUAUAUAACAUGUGGAAGGCACAGUCAGAUAAUAGU